AUGUUUAGUCUAGUUAUCCUAAUCAAACUGUACUUUUUCAAUUUCAGCGCCACAUUUCUCACUAUAGUCACUGGUUUCCUUUACGGAAAUAUGAUGACGCCGAUGAACUAUAUGAUUACGCAGGGCGAAGCGUCAGGACAUUCGCUCACUUACUCAAUAUUUUUCUUCUCUUUCUGUCUGGGAGCUUUGGUCACGUCCACGACUAUCUUCACGUGUUAUUCUUUGUACAGAAGAAACAGACCAUUUAUCAAUCCUGAGCUUACGGUUCCUUCUUUGCUAUCAGGCCUGAUGUACGGAACCGCAACAUUCUUCUUCUUUAAUGCCAACCACCAUCUUGAUCCGAUUGUUGCCUACCCUAUUCUCGCCAAAGCACCUGGUAUCGUGUGCGCAAUAUGGGCAAUUUUGCUUUUCAAAGAAAUCAAGGUAAUUCACGAAUUUUUU